AUGGAGAUAGAUUGGAAGGGUCUAAAUCAAUUAUCUGAACUAAAAAUAAAUGAAUUAAUUAAUGUCGGUCUGACUCCAAAAGAAAUAACACAGCCAUUGGAAAAGACUAGAGUCACACAGAACCAAAACAAUCUACCUAAAAGACGUGAUAAACAUCGAAUUAGUACUGGUGAAAAAUCUUAUAAGUGUGAUGUUUGUAGUUAUUCAUGUAAUCGGAAUGAUAAUCUACAGACACACAUGAGAAUUCAUACUGGUGAAAAAUCUUAUAAGUGUGAUGUUUGUGAUAAAUCAUUUAAUCAUAAUUGUAGUCUACAAACACACAUGAGAAUUCAUACAGGUGAAAAAUCUUAUAAGUGUGAUGUUUGUGGUAAAUCAUUUAAUCUGAGUUGUAAUCUACAGACACACAUGAGAAUUCAUACUGGUGAAAAAUCUUAUAAGUGUGAUGUUUGUGGUAAAUCAUUUAAUCGGAAUGGUGAUCUACAGACACACAUGAGAAUUCAUACUGGUGAAAAAUCAUAUAAGUGUGAUGUUUGUGGUAAAUCGUUUAAUCAGAAUUGUAAUCUACAGAGACACAUGAGAAUUCAUACUGGUGAAAAAUCUUAUAAGUGUGAUGUUUGUGGUAAAUCAUUUAAUCAGAAUGGUGAUCUACAGAAACACAUGAGAAUUCAUACUGGUGAAAAAUCUUAUAAGUGUGAUGUUUGUGGUAAAUUAUUUAAUCAGAGUCAACAUCUACAGACACACAUGAGAAUUCAUACUGGUGAAAAAUCUUAUAAGUGUGAUGUUUGUGGUAAAUCAUUUAAUCAGAAUUGUAAUCUACAGACACACAUGAGAAUUCAUACUGGUGAAAAAUCUUAUAAGUGUGAUGUUUGUGGUAAAUCAUUUAAUCAGAAUGGUGAUCUACAGAAACACAUGAGAAUUCAUACUGGUGAAAAAUCUUAUAAGUGUGAUGUUUGUGGUAAAUCAUUUAAUGUGAGUUGUAAUCUACAGACACACAUGAGAAUCCAUCGAUAG